UUUGUGUUUUGGGUUAAAUUUUUACAAACAGAACAGGAACAGGAGGCAGACAAUCGGAAGAAGCACUAGGAGACUAGCCGCCGCAGUGACUAACAGUUAUAUUACAGUAGAAUUUGAAAACCUCUCCAGAAAUUUAGGAUGUCUUCAAAUACUCUUUGCCUGUCAUCUUCAACUCAGAUUGUUCGUCACUCCCAUGUCCGUCAUGGAUUUCCUUCUCACAAACCAGUGAAUCUAUCUUUCUCCACUUCUAGUUCCUUUAUACCAGGAAUUGGUACUAGCAGCAUUUCCUUUGAGACGAAGAAGGAUCGUUCGUCGUUUGUUGAAACGGCAGCUGUUAAACAUUUGAUCGGAUCUCUCACCAGAACUGAGGGCCUUCGUUUCGCCGUGGUUGUAGCGCGGUUUAACGAGAUUGUUACAAAGAAGCUUUUGGAGGGAGCUUUGGAAACUUUCGAGAGAUAUUCAGUUAAUGAAGAAGAUGUUGAUGUGGUGUGGGUUCCCGGCAGUUUUGAAAUAGGUGUUGUUGCAGAAAGGCUAGGGAAGUCACGGAAAUAUCAUGCAAUUUUAUGUAUUGGAGCUGUGGUAAGAGGUGAUACUACUCACUAUGAUGCAGUUGCUAAUUCAGCAGCAUCUGGAGUACUUUCAGCUGGUCUGAAUUCAGGAGUUCCAUGCAUAUUUGGUGUUCUAACAUGUGAUGACAUGGAUCAGGCUUUAAAUCGUGCUGGUGGUAAAGCUGGGAAUAAGGGCGCUGAGGGUGCUCUGACAGCUAUUGAGAUGGCAUCCCUUUUUGAGCAUCAUUUGAAGUAGUGAUACUGUGCAUCUAUUCCUUUGUCGUGAAUGCCUGGUUUUCCUUUUGGAGGCUGUUCAGGCAGACUUUCCAGUGAAAAUUGUUUAGUAUUGAGAUUUAGAUGGAACUUUCAAAAGGUAGCCUCAGAGUUUACGCGAUACCCGGCUAGUUGUUCAUUUCUUUUCCUAAAUUUUAUCUUUGCACUGAAACUGCUUAGACACAGAGGAAAUGUUAUUUAUGCAACUCUAAUCAGCACAAUGCUCGGGUCUUACCCGGUAGUUUCUGCUUUUACAAAUGAAAUAAGAAUUUUGUUGCCUUACGGUUCA